AUGUUACCUACGAAUCCUGUGGCGGAGAUCCUGUGCGCUUCCGUAGCUGCUGUCAUUUGGUGUUUUCAAGUCGUUCCUCCAAUCAUCGCUGCUUAUCGUACCAAGUCGACUCAGGCUUUAUCACCAUGGAUGAUGUUGUUGUGGGCAGGUGGUGCUCUUCUGUAUGCUCCUUAUGCUGUCGCUCAGAAUCUUAACAUAGCCAUCAUUUUUACAAUACGAAGACUAUUUAUUGAGUAUAUCACAGCGAGGACGGAGCUGAGUAUGGGUCCUGAUCAACUACAACCUCACAUCUUUUACGUUCUCACUUGUACUUCUUUCAUACAAUGUCUGCAUUACACUCUCGGACAAAGUAGAGUCAAAGCAGGGGGAUGGUUCUUGGGCUUAACCGUCCUCUUUGCGGGAUUUGACACAGGUUCUAUCUUUGCUCUUCGGAGAACAAACAGCUUAGGUUUGAACGGAGUUGCCAUGAUAUAUGGAUACGGAACUAGUGUUCUCGACAUGAUUGGCUUCAUUCCGCAAUACAUACACAUACUCCGUAUACGUCACGUACCCAAAAUCACGAUCCUUUUCGGUCUCAUGGAUUUGACGGGAUGUGUAUUGAGUAUGCUCAGUUUACUGUUCAGAAGGAGAUUGGAUAUUGCGGGAUUUGUGUUUUACCUUUCUAUGGGUAUUCUAGACCUCGGCUUAUUAUCUUUCGCAAUCAUUCUGAAUCCCCUCUCGACGAAGAAAGCUCCUAAUUCGGACCUGGACGACACGGACAGUAGGAUCGAAGUGACUGUCCUGGAGAAUUCUGAGCAGAUAGAAUUAAGGUCUGAAGCAGUCAUACGUAUUCACCCGUCCGACCACGAGAAACAUUGUGACUCUUCCUCAUCGAUCAAGGACCGAUCCCACGGGACCCCGACGAGAAUAGGAAAUGAAGCGUCUUGA